AUGGCCUGGGGCUGCCAGGCAACAAAGAGUAGGGGGAAGUCCCGUAACGCCGGACGGCACCUAGCGCCGGACACUCGUACUAUCAAGCGAGUACAAAUCAGUUCGUUUCAAAAUACAUGUGAAAGGGGUGCUGGGGCACACAGGAACAAGAUCACGCGCCGUGCCUCGCCAGUGACGCACACGGCCGCGGCAGGAGUAACCAUUUGCUGUUUUAGGCUCGAAAUCACUGCGUCACCUAAAUAUCAACAGUAUAGAAGAAAGAAGAUAGUUAAAAUGGAAGAGAAGAAAAAGAAAGGAUCCUGGGAUCCACAGAGCUUACAAACUGCUAUUGAUAAGGUUAUGUCAAAAGAACUGAGUGUAAGACAAGCUGCAAUGCGAUACAAUAUUCCUAAAAGCACUAUACAUUAAAUAAAGGCCCUAAAUCGAGAAGAAGUAACAAUGAAACCAAAGUUAGGUAGAUUCACUAACACCUUCUCAGCAGAGUAUGAAGAAGUCUUGGUGGACCACAUUAAAGAUUUAUCGAAUAGAUGCAUGCCAGAAAAGAAGUUUCUUAAAUUAGCAUACGACUUAGCUGAAGUCAUGAAUAUUCCUCAUCGAUUUAAU